AUGCCUUUCGAACAACCAGGCGACAGAGCAGCGGCCAACAUUGGCCAGUACAACGAUGUAGCUGGGCACCAGAUGAAUAACCAUAACACCCUAAACAAUAGGAUCUCCGCUGGCGAUGGUGGCAGCGGAGGACGAGGCGGAGAUGUUACUCAUACCAUCUAUAACUUCUAUGGCCCACAGUAUAUCGUGAACGCAAGCAAGGAUUCCCUCAACUUCGAUGAAAACCAAGGAACAGUUACUUCUCGGCCGUUCGAUGGUUCUCUGAACCAAAUGUGGAUACUUGAAGACAGGCAAAACGGGAAAUUUGCCAUUGUAUCAGCCGACAAUGCGGAAUAUUUAAGCUCAAAGGGCCAGGACGGUGGCCUGCAUCUGUCGCAAACCGCGCAACUCUGGCGCGUCACCCCGGAAGGCAGCGCCUUCAAAAUUAUGUCUCCAGAGUCAGGAUUAACUCUCACCCUUGGCUGCAAUGCCAGUCUUUCUCCUCUCUCGAUCGACGGGGAUGUAAACCAGUCUUUGUACAUUUUGGAGAACACCCCAGAGAAUCAAGAAAGGAUAAAGAGCGGUAAACUCGCACAACCUCCGGCUUCAGGACUUCUUCAAGAAGGAGAGAAAGAAGUCAGGUCCCAAUUAGAAGCAAACACUGGGGAGAGCCCGCAAGCGCCUAAGGCUCAGACGGCAAGACCCACUGAAGCGCCGACCGUUAACCAUACGUCGAUCGACAUUCCGGGUGCUGCAGGUCAAGCUGGAAUGAACGUAACUAUCAAUUACUACGGCGACUCGGCGUCCGACAUGAAUAUCCUAGAAGAGCUACGGAAGUUCUUGGCAUUGGACGGAGCAAGGAAUCUUGUGGUAUUUCUAGGCCACCCACUGCUUAGCACCGUGCCACUUGCCGACCCUUCAACGGUUGACCCUGCUAGCACAAGUCCCACAGAUAGUGCCUCAAGGACGUGCAGCCCCUCAACGCCAUCAAGUCGUCACACUUGCCCAACCAUCACACGAACCAGAUUCCAAAUCUCAUCUGGCGAUUCAUGUUACAUUACUGCUGAUAGCAGCGACAUCACUUCCAAAGUCUGGUUCAAGACGCAGGCCCUCGAUGCCGACUGGCUUCGGAGCGUCACUUCCCUGCAGUUAUUCACCAUUUCUCGCGACCAAGGUUGGGCGGCCUCGGAUGAGGACGCUAGCUGGACUUGGUUCGAGAUUGUCAUCCUCGACGAUCCGACCGACUAUCAACCAAAAACGACGCGGGGUCGCGGCCCCCUCAGAUGGGUUAGUCACUACAACAGAAGGGCCCACCCUUGCAACUCGAAGUUGUCAGGUCCGAAAUUCAAGAAGAGCCAUGAAAUAUUUGGUUGGACGGAGCCCGGAAAUGCCUUGGCAGUUUGCGUGUGUGCUCAGCACCCAGGCUGGCAGAACCACGCAGAGGCUGGCCAUCUGCACUUCGAGAUGCUGGGAUAG